AUGGAGAAAGCAGCUGUUCAAGGAGACGGCCUCCUCAUCCCACUCAUCGACUUUUCCAAAUUCCUCAACGGUUCUUCCUCCCAAAAACUCUCCACUGCCCAAGCCAUCCUCCGCGGUUUCCAAACCGCCGGCUUCAUCUACCUCUCCAACAUCCCCAUUCCCCCUUCAGUUGUGUCCCAAGUCUUCUCCUACUCCGCCACUUUCUUCAAACUUCCCAUGUCCGAAAAGCUCAAUAUCGCCUGGACGACCCCCGAAGCCAACCGCGGCUAUUCAGCCCCCGGCCGCGAAAAAGUCACCAUCCUCACCGACGAAGCCGCCGUCGACGCCCUGCGCAAAUCCGUUCCCGACAUGAAGGAGUCCAUCGAGAUCGGCCGCGAAGACGAGCCAGAGCACCCGAACCGCUGGCCCGUCGAGACGAAAGAAAAUAACCUAGUCGGCUUUCGCGAGCUGAUGCUAUCGUUCUUCGACCAAUGCGCUUCCCUCCACAAGCAAAUAAUGCGUGCCAUCGCCGUGGGCAUCGGCAUCGAAGAGGAGUACUUUGACUCUUUCGUCUGCGACAACGAUAACACCCUCCGCCUGCUGCAUUACCCAUCCGUACCGAAAAAGGUAUUCGACGAGAACCCGAGCCAGGUCCGCGCGGGAGAGCACACCGACUACGGGAGUGUUACGUUGUUGUUUCAGGACCAGCGCGGCGGAUUGCAGGUUAAGAGCCCGAACGGACAGUUCGUCGAUGCGGCGCCGAUCGAAGGGACGUGUGUGGUGAAUGCGGGGGAUUUGUUGGCUAGAUGGAGUAACGACACGAUCAAGAGUACAUUGCAUAGGGUGGUAAGGCCUCCAGGGGGCUUGCUGAAGGGAGAGGAUGGGGAGGAGUGGUUUCCGGCGAGGCAUAGCGUUGCGUACUUCUGCAACCCUAACUUUAAGGACUUUAUCGAGGCAAUUCCAGGCACGUACAAGACUGAGGAGGACAAGAAAUACCCGGGUAUCAACAGCGGAGAGUAUCUCGUGCAGAGGCUGAGGGCAACGUAUUGA